GAUGAUGACCAGUAUCAAAUUGGUACCGGUAUUGCCGAUAUUACCGGGCCGGCAGCCGAAAUAAAUAUGAUGGGUUACGGUAUGUUAGGUCAGGACACUAAUGGCAUACAUUUGCGACUAUACAGUCGGACAGUGAUUAUGGUCGACAAUAAGGGUAAUCGUUUUAUGUAUAUUAGCUGCGAUAUACAGGGUGUCGCAGAUAUUGUCAAAAUAAAAGUAAUUAUGGCGUUGAAAGCAAAAUAUGGCGAUUUGUAUGGACACGACAAUGUACUGAUCAGUGCCAUACAUACCCAUUCAGGACCGGGUGGUUACUAUCAGUAUUUAUUGUAUAUAUUUACUGCCGGCGGUUUUAUUAACGAUAGUUUCGAUGCUAUUGCCAAUGGUGUGGUUAAGAGUAUAGAUAUGGCACAUAAUAGCCUACAAACCGGUUAUAUCUACUGGAACUCCGGUGAACUGAUCGACUCGAGUAUCAAUAGAAGUCCGGCCAGUUAUGAUAACAAUCCCAAAGAGGAACGGGAUCAAUACAAAUACAAUACGGAUAAGACAAUGAAUAGUAUGAAGUUUACCGAUUUGAAUGGCAGGCCAUUGGCACUAAUCAAUUGGCACGCCGUACACGGCGUCUCAAUGAACAAUACUAAUCAUUUGAUUAGUAGCGAUAAUAAAGGCUACGCUUCCCUAUUGUUUGAGGCCGACUAUAAUCCGGGAAAUUUGCCGGGAAAGGGACCAUUUGUGGCCAUAUUUUCCCAAUCAAAUGAAGGCGACUCCUCGCCCAAUACUGCCGGUCCCCGAUGUAUCGACACUGGCCUACCGUUCGAUUACAUUACAAGCACAUGUAAUGGACAGAAUGAUAAAUGUAUUGCCUUUGGUCCGGGAAAAGACAUGUUUGACAGCACAUCCAUAAUAGCCAACAAACAGUACCAGAAAGCUAAGGAACUGUUCGCUAGCAAUGACCAUAAACUUCGAGGAAGUAUUCAGUAUAUCUAUCAAACGGUUAAUAUGUCAGACUAUACGGUAAAUUUGGCGACAAAUACGUCCGUUAAGACAUGCAAACCAGCACUGGGCUACUCGUUUGGCGCCGGGACUACUGAUGGCGAAGGAUUUACGGCUUUCACACAGGGAACAGUUAAAGGCCAGGAACCAGUUUUAUGGAAUUUAGUGAGAGAUUUGAUCGGAAAGCCAUCCAAUGAACAGAUCGAUUGCCAGAAACCGAAAGCCGUACUGUUGAGUAUCGGCGAAAUGAAAUUUCCGUACGACUGGUCGCCCGAUAUAUUGCCCACACAAUUGAUACGAAUCGGUAACGAUGUAGUCAUAGCUGCCAUUCCCGGCGAGCUAACAACAAUGGCUGGUCGACGGCUGCGUACAGCCAUCGAAAACGUAUUCGCCGCUAAUGGCCAACAACAGCAAGUUCGGGUAACCAUUGCCGGUCUGGCCAACUCGUACAGUAACUAUGUGACCACUUCAGAGGAAUAUCAGAUUCAACGAUACGAAGGCGGAUCCACUAUGUAUGGACCGCAUACUCUCCAGGCAUACAUUCAACAGUACGUAACACUGGCCACCAAUAUGGUCAAACAGACCGGACUAGCACCGGGACCUGAAAUGCCUAACUUGUUGUCCAAACAGAUAACAGCCAACGUUGGUGUGAUUUUUGAUGCGCCUAAACUUUUCAAUAAAUUUGGUGAUGUACUCGUACAGCCCCAGAGCACAUACCGUACGGGCAGUCAGGUUAAGGUGACGUUUGUUGGGGCACAUCCACGAAAUAAUCUUAAACUAGAGUCAACUUACCUGACAGUUGAACGGUUUAAACAAAAUACCGAUAAUCAAUGGCAAGUGAUUGCCACGGAUGCCAAUUGGGAAACAAAAUUUAUGUGGCGCCGGACUAACGUACUGUUGGGUAACAGUGAAGUGGAUAUCAUUUGGGACAUACCUGUGGGUACACCUAACGGUAAUUAUCGGAUCGUCUAUUUCGGUGACUACAAGAAUAUUAUCGGAAAAAUUACGCCUUUCCAUGCCAUCAGUCAAACAUUUCAAGUGAUGAACGGUUAA